UAAAUGAAAACCACAUAGAAGAAAGGCUUGAAAGUUUGGCUGUUUCUUUCUCACGGCCCUGUGGGCACCUAAUGGCUUGUUGGAUGUGCUGGGACUUGUUGGUGUGAAGUUAAUCAGAGAUGGCUAUUCUGUGAAUGGACUGCUGAAUUGAGAAUUAUUGCAGACCCAACAGUACAGCACUGCUCAUUGCUUCAUCUAUCACUAGUUAUUUAAAUUGGACUUUUAAUAUCCUGCCAGCUGCUGUUCACACACACAUGCUGCAUUGUUGCCAUUCUCAGAAUUGCAUCUUUGAAACCCAGGCCCUCAGUAACCUUCACUGAAUAAAGAAGUGACCUCCUGCGUACAUUCAUAGAGGGAUUUUUUGGACUGUCUGCCCUCUAGCUUUUUUGUUAGUGCUGUGUUUCUGAGACACUAUGGAGCCCAGUAUGGAGUACUGCUUAGCGCAGGUGCUGCAGAAGGAUGUUGGGAAGAGACUUCAGGUUGGUCAGGAAUUGAUAGAUUACUUCUCAGAUAAACAGAAGUCAGCUGAUCUGGAACAUGAUCAGACGAUGCUGGAUAAAAUGGUUGAUGGACUGGCCACCUCUUGGGUGAAUUCCAGCAAUUAUAAGGUGGUGCUGCUGGGGAUUGACAUCAUCUCCGCACUGGUGUCCCGCCUGCAGGACCGCUUCAAGGCUCAGAUCGGCACAGUGCUGCCCAGCUUGCUGGAUAGGCUGGGGGAUUCCAAGGACUCUGUGCGGGAGCAGGAUCAGACCUUGCUGCUGAAAAUCAUGGAACAGGCUGCUAAUCCUCAGUACGUGUGGGAUAGGAUGUUAGGAGGAUUCAAACACAAGAAUUUCCGGACAAGAGAAGGGAUCUGUCUCUGCCUUAUUGCAACACUCAAUGCAUCUGGAGCUCAGAGUUUAACACUGAGUAAGAUAGUGCCGCAUAUAUGUAACUUACUUGGAGAUCCGAACAGCCAGGUUCGAGAUGCAGCAAUAAACAGCCUUGUGGAAAUUUACAGACAUGUUGGUGAACGUGUAAGGGCUGAUCUCAGUAAAAAAGGAUUACCCCAAUCUCGAUUGAAUGUAAUUUUCACGAAAUUUGACGAGGUCCAAAAGUCUGGAAACAUGAUCCAGAGCUCAAGUGAUAAAAAUUUUGAUGAUGAAGACUCUGUGGAUGGGAACAGACCUUCCUCAGCUAACUCCUCUACAUCAUCAAAGGCCCCUGCAAACUCACGUAGAGUUGGAAUGGGGACUACUCGCAGACUUGGGUCUGCAGCUCUGGGAUCCAAGUCCUCAACAGGCAAAGAGGGAGCAGGUGCUGUGGAUGAAGAAGACUUCAUUAAGGCAUUUGAAGAUGUCCCAACAGUUCAAAUUUAUUCUAGCCGGGAUCUUGAGGAAUCCAUAAACAAAAUAAGAGAGAUACUAUCUGAUGAUAAACAUGACUGGGAACAGAGAGUAUCUGCUUUGAAAAAGAUCCGCUCCUUGCUGUUGGCUGGAGCUGCAGAAUAUGAUAACUUCUUCCAACACUUACGGCUCCUGGAUGGAGCAUUUAAAUUAUCUGCUAAAGACCUGCGAUCUCAGGUAGUGCGGGAAGCUUGUAUCACACUGGGACAUUUAUCAUCAGUUCUGGGAAACAAGUUUGAUCAUGGGGCAGAAGCCAUUAUGCCAACAAUUUUUAAUCUAAUUCCAAAUAGUGCCAAAGUCAUGGCCACUUCUGGUGUUGUAGCAGUUAGAUUAAUCAUUCGACAUACACACAUCCCCCGACUAAUACCCAUCAUAACCAGCAAUUGUACCUCCAAGUCUGUUGCGGUUAGAAGGCGCUGUUUUGAAUUUUUAGACCUGCUGCUGCAAGAGUGGCAAACCCACUCCCUAGAAAGACACAUAUCAGUGUUAGCUGAAACAAUAAAGAAGGGAAUUCAUGAUGCAGACUCUGAAGCCAGGAUAGAAGCAAGAAAGUGUUACUGGGGUUUCCACAGUCACUUCAGCAGAGAGGCAGACCAUUUGUACCACACCUUGGAGUCCUCCUACCAGAAGGCCCUGCAGUCGCAUUUGAAGAACUCUGACAGCAUUGUGUCCUUGCCACAGUCGGAUCGCUCCUCCUCCAGCUCCCAGGAGAGUCUCAACCGUCCACUGUCUGCCAAAAGAAGUCCUACUGGAAGUACUACAUCAAGAGCAUCUACAGUAAGUACAAAAUCUGUGUCAACACCAGGAUCUCUGCAGCGAUCCCGCAGUGACGUUGAUGUGAAUGCAGCAGCUAGUGCCAAGUCAAAAGUGACAUCUUCUGGAGCAUCCACCCCCUUCAGUUCUGCUGCAGCCCUGCCCCCAGGCUCAUAUGCAUCACUAGGUCGGAUUCGUACAAGGAGGCAGAGCUCUGGCAGUGCCACCAGCGUCACCUCAACACCUGCUGAUACCCGAGGCCGCAGCCGGGCUAAAGUGGUUUCCCAGUCCCAGCCUGGUAGUCGGUCUAGUUCUCCGGGUAAGCUGUUAGGAAGCACCUAUGGUGGCUUGAGCAGUGGAACAUCCAGAGUUCAACCUGUGCCAUCAUCUUCAGAGAAGCGCAGCAAGAUCCCCCGGAGCCAGGGAUGCAGUCGAGAGACGAGUCCCAACAGAAUAGGACUAGACCGGUUUGGACUCGGACAGUCAGGCAGGAUGCCUGCUUCUGUGAAUGCCAUGCGAGUCCUAAGCACAAGCACAGACCUGGAGGCCGCUGUGGCUGAUGCACUGCUGUUAGGAGACUCCAGGAGCAAGAAAAAGCCAGUGAGAAGAAGAUAUGAACCCUAUGGGAUGUACUCCGACGAUGACGCUAACAGUGAUGCAUCAAGCGCUUGCUCAGAGCGCUCCUAUGGUUCCAGGAAUGGAGGCAUUCCUCACUAUCUGCGGCAGACAGAAGAUGUGGCUGAGGUGCUGAACCACUGUGCCAGCUCCAACUGGUCUGAAAGGAAGGAGGGCCUCAUAGGUCUCCAGAACUUACUGAAAAGCCAGCGGACACUGAGCCGAGUGGAAUUAAAAAGGCUGUGUGAAAUAUUUACUCGCAUGUUUGCUGACCCUCACAGCAAGAGAGUCUUCAGCAUGUUUCUGGAAACCCUGGUUGAUUUCAUCAUCAUUCACAAAGAUGACUUGCAGGAUUGGCUUUUUGUUCUCCUGACACAGUUGCUGAAGAAAAUGGGAGCAGAUUUGCUGGGGUCUGUGCAGGCAAAAGUUCAGAAAGCUCUGGAUGUCACCAGGGAUUCUUUUCCAUUUGAUCAACAAUUUAACAUUUUGAUGAGGUUUAUUGUGGAUCAGACGCAAACACCAAACCUCAAGGUGAAGGUAGCUAUCCUGAAAUAUAUUGAGUCCUUGGCAAGACAGAUGGAUCCGACGGACUUUGUGAACUCUAGUGAGACGAGACUUGCUGUGUCUAGAAUUAUAACUUGGACAACAGAACCAAAGAGCUCAGAUGUGAGAAAGGCAGCACAAAUAGUCCUGAUUUCUCUCUUUGAACUGAACACUCCCGAGUUUACCAUGUUACUUGGUGCCUUGCCAAAAACUUUCCAGGAUGGUGCUACCAAGCUCCUGCACAACCACCUCAAGAACUCCAGUAACACCAGUGUGGGUUCCCCCAGCAAUACUCUUGGUAGGACUCCUUCUCGGCACUCCAGCAGCAGAACCAGCCCCUUGACUUCACCUACCAACUGUUCCCAUGGUGGGCUGUCUCCAAGUAUGCUGGAUUAUGACACGGAGAACCUAAAUUCUGAUGAAAUCUACAGCUCUCUUCGUGGAGUCACAGAAGCAAUUGAAAAGUUUAGUUUUCGUAGUCAAGAGGACCUGAAUGAACCAAUCAAACGUGAUGGGAAGAAAGACUGUGACAUGGUGUCUCGAGAUGGUGGCCUUGCAGUACCUACCAGUGAUGUCCGAGGAGGCAGUGAUACUGUAGAAGGAGGAAGGAUGGCUCUAGAUAACAAAACCUCCCUACUUAACACACAGCCACCCCGCGCCUUUUCAGGGCCACGAGCUCGAGAGUAUAACCCCUAUCCUUAUUCCGACACAAUUAACACUUAUGACAAGACUGCCCUCAAGGAAGCAGUUUUUGAUGAUGACAUGGAUCAGCUUCGGGAUGAAGUACCCAUUGACCAUUCAGAUUUGGUGGCUGACCUUCUGAAAGAGCUCUCUAAUCACAACGAGCGGGUGGAGGAGCGGAAAGGAGCUCUCCUGGAGCUGCUGAAAAUCACAAGGGAGGAUAAUCUUGGAGUUUGGGAGGAGCAUUUCAAAACCAUUCUGCUCUUGCUCCUGGAAACGCUUGGAGACAAAGAUCAUUCAAUACGAGCGUUGGCACUGCGAGUCCUUAGAGAAAUCCUACGGAAUCAGCCAGCAAGGUUCAAAAACUACGCAGAGUUGACCAUCAUGAAGACACUGGAAGCACACAAGGAUUCCCACAAGGAGGUCGUCAGAGCCGCUGAGGAAGCUGCUUCUACCCUGGCAGGCUCCAUCCAUCCUGAGCAAUGCAUCAAGGUGCUUUGCCCCAUCAUUCAGACAGCAGAUUAUCCAAUUAAUUUAGCUGCCAUCAAGAUGCAGACAAAGGUCAUUGAGAGGAUUUCCAAGGAAUCAUUGCAUCAACUCCUUCCUGAUAUUAUUCCUGGAUUGUUACAGGGUUAUGAUAAUACCGAGAGCAGUGUCCGUAAAGCUAGUGUAUUUUGUCUGGUGGCAAUUUAUUCAGUAAUUGGUGAAGAACUGAAACCUCAUCUCGCACAACUCACAGGAAGCAAGAUGAAGCUACUAAACUUGUACAUAAAGAGGGCCCAAACUACCAACAGCAACAGCAGCUCCUCUUCAGAUGUUUCAACGCACAGUUAAUGGAGAUAUGUGGACAUAUGUGUAGACUUAGAAGCAAUCAACGGUGCCUCUCAGAGACCUUUCUGCUACUCUUCACUGGCGCACUUCAUCAGCUAAAGGAGGCCAUGCAGAUAUUUAUUGCAAUCAGUAUUCUAGUCCCUUAAAGCUUUCAUGUAAAACCUUACUGGUAUUGAAUGUAAAGGAAGCAAGGUCUGUGUUGCAGUCUUCAUUAAAAGUGAACAACAGAAAGCCAUACUUAAACAUAUUGUAUAGCCUGCUGAAAUCUUGGAAAUAUGUUUAGGUUAGCAUUCCAAAAGAGUCAAAAAACCUGGAUAUGCGUAAAAGUUAAACAAAUCUUGGUUUAGUUCAUACCCAGUUUUGGUUUCUGUGCGCUAGUUACUGCUCUUUCCCUGUGGCCGCAGCCUUUCUGGCUAGGAUCUCCUCUUACAAGUCCUGUGGUCCUGUUUUGUACUUCCUAUCGCAGCUUGCCUAAUGUGCAGGGUUCUCCACGAGGAGGUCUUUGCUGAUGUGGCUGUGGUUCCAGCCUCUAAUGCUUUAAUACUGAGAUAUCAAGUGAGUAAUGAAAAAGUAGGUUCUUUUUAAAUAUCUGAGUUUUCUGUAUAUAGUUCUUCUGACAGACCUCUGAUGGCUGAUCUCUCUAACUGCUCUCCAGCCAGCUGUGCUUUGUAGAGCAACUGGGCUCUCGCUACCUUCGUUGACUGUAAAUAUUUCCCCUCUUCCAACCCAUUUGGCUCUUUCAUGUGCUCGAGACUCUUCAGGUUACUUGUUACUCCCCAAAGGGAACCUCAGAUGCUGUUCUGAGACUGGUGCCUGCGUUUGGACAUGAGCACAGUGGGUGUUGGAUUGGGCUUGGGUGCAUCCUUGGGUGGACAGUCAGAGCUGCCAAGGCUGUAUUGCAGUGCUGCCUUGUGAGGCUGGCUGAGUUCUUCCUGAAGUCUGUAGCGUCAAAGGAUUGAUCUGCCACUUUAACCGGGACCCAUUGAUGUUGGUGGUAAAUGGCUUUAUCCACACAAAUCCAGUGUGCUUUGGGCAGACUGUUCAUCCAAGAGGACAGAAAGGGAAUCUGAAGCUGGACAAAACAACCCUGUGGAAGCUAAGGGUUGGCUGGGAUAGUGCUGCUCACCUGCUGCUGUUCCUGUCUUGUGCCCGAAGAGCCUGCAGUGCUGUCUUCUGCCUUUAGAAGCCUCCUUCUUCCCACGCACAACCCUGCUGGGUGCUUUGCAUUUUGGAGGGAUGUGCUAGACUGUGACACAGACCAGGUAAGAGCCAAACCAGCAGCAGCAGGUACCCCAAAGCACCGUCCUGCUCCAAGCUUCUGUUGGCAGUGGCUGAGUGCCUGCGGCCUGUGACUGGGGGGAGCAGGAGGAUGCUUGUGCUGCGUUUGGCCCUAGGCUGGAUCCUGGCUGACAGACAGGCCCACCCCAACCUGCCAUGGAUGAGAACUGGGUUUUUUCCCCCAGUGACAGUGAUUGCAGGAGGGUGAUGGACCUGCAGUGUGUGUUCCCAGGCUGCUCUCAGUGCCUUGGUCUCUCUGCAGCCCCCUUCAUUUCCCCUUUGAGGAGCUGAAGGGACACCUUGGUAGCAGACUCAGUGGCAGCAUGCGAGCAUUGCCAGAACUGCAGCAGGGAAGCACAGUAAAGAGGAUAAAGCCUUGCGGCCCUCCCUCUCCAUCAGUUUGCGCUCCUGUAGCUCAGCCCCAGCAAUGAGGAGUUGUGCUGGAAGGUGCUGACUGGUGCAGCUCCAGAAGGGCUGAGGUUUGUGGGGCUUUCCCAGCCUCUCACCUGGCUGCCGUGGGAGCAGAGGUGACCUGCUCCUGAGGUCAUUGGGAUGAGUUCAGGCUUGGGCUGGCUGCAGGGCUGAUCCCUUAUGCUCCCCAGUGCUGUGGCAGGAGGGGAAACCCGUGGUCUGGUAGUGGGAUUCCUCCAGGCCCUCUCUGCUGGCUCAGAAGAGCCAUCCUUGCUUGGGAGAGGAUUGGCUGCUCCAUGGUUGGUGUCUCCCUGUCCGUGGACCAUUCCUUUUCAACACCUUUCAGUAUGCUUGUUAGAGUUUUGUGUGUUUUUUUUUUUUGUUUUUUUUUUUGUUGUUGUUGUUUUUAAUUUUUUUGAAUGAUUCAAAUUAUUUUAGUUUAAUGUGAAUUUAUUUUCCCUUUUGGGGAAAUGUUCAGCCAACUCGUUGGCAGCAGUUAGCUGUCUUGUUUGAAUUUUAGUAGUGAGUUUGGGUUUUUUUUCCUUUUUUUUUUUUUUUUUUUCCCAAUUUUUA